AUGGGUGUUAGUGUGGUGGAUGCUUUGGGAGGUAUUGUAGGAUUAGUGUUUGUUUUGUUGUGUUGCUGGGUGAGGGUUUGGAAGAUGGGGAGUUGGUUUGGAGAUGGAGAUGGAGAUGGAGAUGGAGAUGGAGAUGGAGAUGGAGAUGGAGAUGGAGAUGGAGAUGGAGAGAAGUGGUUUUUGAUGUUGGUUCUUGAGGGAGUUUGGGUGUGUUUGGUAGGGGAUUGA